CAUCACGGUGGCUGGCACUUCGUGCGGCUUGAAAGUACGGCUCUAACUGACGUCUUAUCUUUAUCACCUGGGAGCUGACGAAAGUUGACAACUUUGAGAAUGCAGCCAGAAUCGGGAAUCGUGGCCGACUUUGAAGUCGGCGAGGAGUUUCAUGACGAGCCCAAAAUCUAUUACGAGCUGAAGAGUCAACCGCUGAAAAACAGUAAUCCAUCAGAGCAUCAGCAUGGCUCCUCAAAGCCUCCGCUGGGUUCAUCGGCCGUGACCUCUCGUAUUUUGCUCCGCCAGCAGCUGAUGCGUGAACAGCUUCAAGAGCAGGAGCGUCGUGAGCAGCAGAGACGUCAGAGCUCGGCGUACGGCCAGUCGACUCCCGCCAUCAACGUCAGCGCACCUGCCGCUCUGCCUGCUACCCAGGUGCCCAUGGAAGUCUUGAAGGUUCAAACCCAUCUUGAAAAUCCGACUAAGUAUCACAUCCAGCAGGCUCAGAGACAGCAGGUGAAAGCGUAUCUGUCCACCACUCUGGGAGGCAAGCUUGGAUCUCAGGCAGUGAGUUUGCCGUGUCCCAGUCAGGCCACAGAUCACGGGGGAAUGCCUCCCGGACCAGGCAACAGCGCCCCCAACAGUCCCAUGGCCUUACUGACACUAAACUCCAACUGUGAGAAAGAGAUGGAUGAUGUCAUCGAUGACAUUAUUAGUUUGGAAUCAAGCUACAGUGAUGAUAUUAUGGGACUCUCCUUGGACCCUGCACUUCAGAUGGCCAACACGAUUUCUGUUUCAUCAAACCUCAUUGACAUGUAUCCGGGUAUCCCACCUCCAGGAAUCUCCAUUAGUAACUCCUGUCCUGCUAACCUGCACGACAUUAAAAGGGAAUUCUCUGUUACUCAAUCUCCCGCCAUGAUGCACAUGAUGGAGAAGCCCGUCUCCUGUGGUACGUUUGAGAGCUAUCAGAGGCCUGAAGGGUUCCCUGUGGAGGCAGAAGUUCGGGCUUUUGUAAAGGAAAGGCAAAAAAAAGACAACCAUAAUCUGAUUGAGAGAAGACGGAGAUUCAACAUCAACGAUCGAAUCAAAGAACUAGGGACUCUGAUUCCUAAAUCAAAUGACCCAGACAUGCGCUGGAAUAAGGGCACGAUUCUUAAAGCCUCUGUGGACUACAUCAGAAAACUUCAGAGAGAACAACAACGAGCCAAAGAACUGGAGAACCGACAGAAGAAGCUGGAACAUGCCAACCGUCACCUGAUGCUCAGGAUACAGGAGCUGGAGAUGCAGGCUCGUGCACAUGGAUUGGCUGUAGGAUCGUCUACUCUCUGUCCAUCAGAUCUAAAAGCCAGGUCUGUAAAACAGGAGCCGGCCCUGGGUGACUGCACACGGGAUAUGUACCCUCGCUCGCACCCAUCUUCUUGUCCAGACAUGGGCCGAACCAGCACCCUAGACCUUAAUGACGGUACGAUCAGCUUUAACGACAACCACGGUUCAGGCGACGCAGGGCCUUACGACCUUCUCGCUAAAACGCACGCCUCUAAACUCAAUGACAUACUCAUGGAUGACACUUCAUCACCCGUCUCACCUGGUGGCUCGACUGAUGGCAGCCGUAAGAGCAGCAUGGAGGAAAACCAACACGUUUGUUAGCACAACCAAAAACCAUUGUUCAGCACUUCAGGUUAAUGAGACAAAGAGGAAACAAACUUUCUUAUGUGCCGGAUGAAAAGUAAUUAUUUUAUGUUUACACUCGUAUGUUAUCAUGUGCUAACCUUCAGUUUUUAUUGUCUUUAUAGUAAUUCAACCGAUCUUAAUAUCAUAGUAAUAAUCAAGGUCAGUGUGAUAACAAGAUUGAUGAAGUUUUGCAUACAUGUAGGUUCAUCUAGAAUAGGAUUUAGCCAAAUUCUUAUAAUAUAAAAGUGCACUUGAAUGUUGAUUUCUUCUGGUUGUACAGUAGCAUAUUAGUGCACAGAUUUCUCAUAUAUAUAUAAUAUAUAUACUUGUAAAGGAAUUGAAGCAUUAAACUUAUGUAGUAGUUAUAGUAGUUAUGUGCUCGUCUCAAACCAGCUGCCCCAGUACUAAACACAUACAUCAAGGCUUUCAAAGUAAUCCUCAGUUAUUUUCCUCAGCCUCGUGUUGUUUCAAACCCAUCUGAGUAAAAUUUAAAGAAAAACACAAUGACUACUACAGUACAGUUCAUGGUGACGAUGCGAUAUUCAUGAAGCUCAAAAUAGAUACAAAUAACAGAAGUACUGUCAUACUUCUGUUUCACAAAUGAGUCCAUAUGAGUUUUGAGUCUUAUGGCUGUUAUGUUUGUUUUGACCUUUUAUUGCAUGUCACUAUGAGCUUAUGUUGUAUGGAUAACUGUGCGUUCAUACCAGAUGCGAAU